UCUCUGCGAGACAGACAGGUGAGGGAGAGAGAGGGAUGGAAAGAGAAGGCCCUAAGGAGAUUGCUAGAACGAUUCGCGUGGUGAGCAGAGACGAGGAAGGGCGCAAGAGGGUUGAGAAAGCCGAGCUAAACGCUCACAACCCCGACACCCUCCGCUACAUGGAGAAGAAGCUGCACGACAAGGGCGUCCAGCGCAUGGAGCGUCACCCCGUCGACGGCUUUGGCAUUGCCCAUCGCCCGCCCAAGUUGGGCCAUGGCGGGAAGUUCACGUGGGAGGGCCCCGCUAACCCUGCUGAGAACGUGCUCUCUGCCGCCCUUCUCGCCAUCGAUGAGAAGGACCCCAAUUACGUGGACGGCGAUGAUGAUAUUGGAAGGGGUGAUAGUGAUGUGGAGGGUGCUGUGGUAGGAGAAGUGGAGGUUGCGAAAGCUGCAGAGGCUAAGGAAGGUGUAUCUAGAAUUGAAAUCUUGCCUCCUCUCCAGCCUUGAAUUGAAAAACAUGUAUUUUAAGGACUUUUGAAGCCUUGUUUUGUUUUAACAGCACCAAUGAAAUUAAAAAGUGGUCAUGCGUGGAAUUCACUGUAAAAA